CAGAGUGAGAAUAAUUUGCACCGCCUUCAGCUCCUCGGAAGAAAGGGAGGAUCUAAACGUAAUAAACAAAAUAAUGGAUAAAUCACAUAGUAGGAUGCAUCUAAGCAGGUGUAAUGAAUGGAAGCUAGACUCUACCUACUUUUGCUUCUGGCCCCUCACCAUUAGCAUGUGGCCCUUAGAAUGUGGCCCAGAAAUAAAUGUGACACUCAGGCUGAAAAUUUUGCUUCAUAAUACCUGUCGCUGGAAACCACAGGAGGGGAGAGUGUUAUUGUGCUCAAGUCCUGUUUGAGGGCUACCAUAGUGAAUACAAGAUGCUGCAGGCUCUUACAUUCCUAAAAAAAUGUUCCCUGCUCCUGGUCCAGUUUGGCCUUCAAAAUGCGGCUAAGUUUUAACCAUUCUAAACUUUUGUGUAACGUGCAUUGGAUUAAGAGCAUCAGGCAACACUUGUGCAGUGUUUUUCCACUUUGAAUUCUGCUAGUGGUUUAGGUUCCCACCUUAACUAUCAUUCUUUGAUUAGUACUUGGCUGUUUUGUGAUAGGACCUCUGAGAUGAAUACACUGAAUCUGCAAAAACUGUAAUAAGGAGCCUGUAAAGUAUGAUGAAGGAUGCAAUUAAAACAGACUGUUCUGGAGGCAUUAACCAUUUAUAAUGCUCUUAAAAGCUCCUCUUAGGUUUGGUCCAGUUGCUUAAAAUACCUUGGUGGUCAAAAGGGAUAUUUGCUGAUGCAGUAAGGACAGGUUUAGGUCAUCCCUCUUGAAAUGCACGAAAUGGUGGUGGUGGGAGAAUCUGAUCUCAUAAGAUUCUAUUUUCAUUAAACUGAGGCUCCAUGAUUUUGAGGCUGGGACUCCCAUCAGCCACAGCCAGCAUGGUCAACAUCUGGAGUAUCUCAGGUUACCCACCCCUCUUCUAAAGGAUGGCUAGGUACACUUUAGGUAUCCUUUGUAACAUAUAUUGACUGGUCCGAACAAUUCUUUAUCUCUUGAAUUGUUGUAUACUUCCUGUGGUGUUUCCCUUUCCGUAAUUAUUUUGUGCAUUGUAUUUUGAAGCAGUUUAUAUUUUACUCCACAUUAUCAAGAUGCCUCCGUGCCUUUAUUCUUCUGCUCUACAUCCAAACUAUUUGCAACACAAGCUGAAGCAGAACUGAACUCUUUGUUACAGAGACUCUGCUUGUGUGAACAUAAGCCUAGCAACAGCUUGUUCAGAUUGUGCUAUGAAUGGUCUCUUGAGAAGCCCAUAAAAGAAUUAAAACAUAUCACCUGAGAAAUGUUAUAUUGAUAAUUUUCCAUGCCCUGCUUGAGCUUCUGUUUGCAUUCACCACAGCAAUGGCACUUCUGAAGUGCUGAAUCCUCUCAGCAUUCAGAGAGCAAAGUGAUUGAGUGUCUGAGGAAAAAUAAGCUCCAUUGAUUCCCCAUGGAAGAUAAUGAUUGGAUGAUUGGUUUCUUUAACACAGAAAAGCACUGACAUUUAAAACUGCUCUAUUUUCGGGGGUUUUGAUGGUAAUUAUUUCAAAGGCAAAUUGUAAUUUUUGCUUUCCUGCUGUGCCUGCAGCUUGAUGUCAUUUUGCACAGGUGAAUUUUACUCUUAGAACUGAGUCAAAGCCAGUGGGGCUUUACACUUUCAACAGAACAAGAAGAAAAACCUCAGACAUUCAGCAGCUGCUCCUGAAAACUAUAUUUUAAAAGUAUAAGAAGACUGUUGAGAUCAGUCACAUCAUGAACCAAGCACACGAGGAAGUCUCAGGACACAACUUGGAACAGUAUGGAUGUCUAAGAAGACUGUUUCCCUAGCUGAGUAACUUUGCAUCUCUUUAAGCUAUAAAAUGCAUGGACAUUAUGGUGACCAGCUAACGAAGGCAAAGUUGGAGAAAUGAUGGGCUGUUAUUCAGUCAGAACCUUAUUUUUUUAACAGUUUUUUUGAAAUCGCAGAGACAGACGAUGACAAUCAAUACCGAUCAGUUGGAUGUUCCAGCCAUGGAAGACAACUCAAGUUUUUGGGACAGUUUGAUAUAUGCACACCCAAUCUGUGUCAACUGGAAGUCGGAAGCAGAAGGAUCAAUCUAUCAUUUGGCCAGCAUCUUGUUCGUUGUUGGCUACAUGGGUGGAAGUGGCAUUUUUGGCCUGCUCUACGUCUUCUUUUUGCUUGGACUAGGUUUUCUCUGCUCGUCUGUCUGGUCAUGGCUGGAUGUCUGUGCAGCUGACAUUUUCUCUUGGAAUUUUAUACUGUUUGUGAUAUGCUUUGUACAGUUCAUUUAUGUGGCCUACCAAGUCCGGAGUGUUGCCUUUGACAAAGAAUUCCAGGAGCUUUACCUUGCUAUGUUCCGGCCCCUGGGGAUUUCAAUGACAAUUUUUAGAAAGAUCAUCCUGUGCUGUGAUGAAGAAGUAGUUACACUGGAGAAGGAGCACUGUUAUGCCAUGCAAGGCAAAACACCAAUUGAUAAGCUCUCCUUGCUUCUGUCAGGAAGGAUCAGAGUGACAGUGGAUGGGGAAUUUCUGCAUUAUAUUUUCCCCCUCCAGUUUCUGGAUUCGCCUGAAUGGGAUUCACUAAGACCCACAGAAGAAGGCAUUUUUCAGGUAACCCUCACAGCAGAAACAGACUGUCGAUACGUGGCCUGGAGGAGGAAAAAAAUGUAUUUACUCUUUGCUAAACACCGAUUCAUCUCACGGAUAUUUUCGAUUCUAAUUGGGAAUGACAUUGCCGAUAAGCUCUAUGCUCUGAAUGACAGAGUGAACCUGGGGAAAGGAUUCCGAUGUGACAUCCGCUUACCAAACUUCUAUCAUGUGUCCAUUCCAGAGGCACCCAAAAUGCAACCUGUAAACCAGAUUCAGCACAGUUCAAGACAACAUUAACCAAUAUUGUAAAAUGUGACUGUGUUUCAGCAUGAUGCAUUUUGCCUUCAUUGCACCUGGAAUGAACUGUAGCAGUUUCAUAAAAAAAACAAAUGGAAGAUUCUCAUUAAGGCAACUUUAAAAUAAAAGCGAUUUUUUUCCAGCGGAAAGGAAGAGAAAAAACUAGCUCAGCUCCUUUCACCGUGUCUAAGCUAGCAGGCUGCCCAUCUUGACUGAUCGUGCGUUAUGAUUAGUUUCUGUUUACUCCUUCUGCUCAUCUUACUAUGUUGCGGGGGAUGGGGGCGCAGAUAUAAAUUAUGGGAUAAAGCUUUGUUGUAAUUGUGGUGCCUUGGAUAUUGUGGCCUCAAAAAUGACAUUUGCACAGAGCUCUUCAUGUUUAUUGAGGCCUCCUUGUCAUCAUGAAUUAUGCAAGCAGUUUUAUGUUAGAGAACAGCAACAUGCAGACCAUCUCUAAAAAGUAAUCUUGACUCACUUGUUACUUGGUAAUUACAAUGCAUAAAUUUGGUCUCAUUGUGCAGUGCCUUUCAGAAGAUGACACAUGAAACAGGAAACUGCACAGCCUGUAAAACCUGAAAGAAGGCUAACAAUAAUUUCUUUCUUGGAUACAUUCAUGAAGUGAUGACUUGAGAUUUCUCUCAGGAUAUUGCAGAGAGGCUAUACAUGAAAACAAAAGGCACUAAUGUAAUUACUUUGAGUACAAAGUAUGUGCCAGUCACUUUAAUUGCUGCAACAUAUGUAGCAGGGAAAGAAUAUUCAGGUAUUUUAAUUGAAAGUAGAGCAGCAGGUACCCUAGCUGUGGAGAGAGAGCAGUUUUCUAAGAAUGGUAGUAGUAUGAUAAAUGCAACGUUCCCCAUGGUAUAUACAUUCAUUUCUGUUGACCCACUAUUGCCUCUAGUCAAAUGGGUUUUGCAGGUUUUUAAGCACUGCAAAAACCUGCUGAACCUGUGAACUGAAAUAGCAACAUUGCUCUGUGGGCAAUUACUACCAUGCUACCACAAGCUCUUAGAGAGAGAGAAAUACCAUCAGCUUCCGUGUCUAUAAAGAAGAUACAAAAGCAAGCCAUCAGGUCAUAUAGCAGAUUUGUGAAUGUUCAUAUAAAACAUGUGAUGCAGGGAGACAUGGUUUAAAUUAUAACUCCUCAUCCCUACAACAGCUUUGUUUGUUAUUUCCAUUUGACAGAAAUAUCAGAUUGUGAUUUUCCCCAAGGUUUGAAUCCAGAUCCAAGCACCGCUAAUGUCAUUAUCAUAUGGUACAUUAUAGAUACUGAAUGUUACCAUAUCAAGGGUAACUACCCCAGUUCCAUGGUUAUGUCAUCAGGUGUGGCCACUUUGGUUAAAUGGUGAUAGUAAGAUGGCUUGAAUGCCUGUUGCCCAUAUGUAACGCUUUAUACAUCAGAGUGUUGAAUGAAACAGCAAAACACUUCUGCUUGUAUGCCAGAAGAGAGUCCUGCUCACCUAUCUUUAUGCAGGAAAUCAGUGACCUAAUAUGGAUAGUUAUACCAACGCAGCAAGUGAGAUUUCUGAUGCAGCUGAUGGUGGUGGUUUUAGUGCCUACUGAUGGAAAAAAUUGGUGGAGAUGGGCAUACUUUUCAAGGGACAGAAGAUGCACUUAACUAACUAAGCCCAAAUGGAAAGGGAUAUGAUGAGCUCUUUUGAGUGCACCUAGAAGAUUUGGGAGUCUAGUGGAAUGUUUUACUUUGAACAGCAUGCCUUCUUCCCAUGCAAUUUUAAUUGUUUAUGAAAUGGUCCUCAGUUCGAAAACUUGGUGGUUGACAUGGGGAAUGGGGCUACUGCUUGAGAAACCGAAGUCCCAAGCCCUCUUUGUCGUGCCAAACUAGUUUGCUGCUUGUUCAUUAGAACCUGGUUUACAUUUAUUUUUUUAUAAAGAUGCCACAUUUUAUUUUUACCAUUUUAUAUAAAAGAUCAAGGAGGAAGACAACUCCACAAUAUUUUAUACUAUAAACUUUAUAGUAAUGAAAAGAGAAACAAUCGCAUAAACAUUAAGUAUGUGUGAAAUGACUUGAUCUUAUUAAUGUUAUGGAGCUGGAUGAUCUAUUGUGUAUGUUACUGCUCAGUUCAUCCUGUAGUUGCUUUUCUUUUAAGGAGGAAAAGGUGUAAAGGCUUUUCUACUUACAUGUCUGAUACACCAAAAAGAAUGACUAGUUUUUGUGGAGCAAUACUGAAGAGUCUAUAAUGAGAAAUGCCAUAAUUUCUUUAACCCUGUCAGAAAGCUGGAGACUGUUUGGUGAAGGUCUGCCCCUGUAAACAUUUUGAGCCAAGGCUCUUUGGAAAUGAAAAAAGUGCACCAUCCUGGAUCUGCCUGGCACCUGGCUGUUUUAUGCAAUUUAAAUUGUUUAGUUCAUUCAUGAUUAUUGGUUGUAUCCAGUGUUAAUCCUACUGAGAGAUUGGUUGUAUCCAGUGUUAUUCCCACUAAGAGUCUACCCAUUGAAAUUAGUGUACAUGGCUGAAUUAGGUUCAUUAAUUUCAAUGCAUCUACUAUGACUAUAUCUUAGUAGGAUACAACACUCAUUUUACAUUCCAGCCUGUACCUUCAAGCCAUAUUUUUGAAAGCACUGCUGUGCCAGAUCUGGAUUGUCUUAUUUUGUCCACACUCUUGCUUCUUGUUAGGAACUGGAUUUUCUUAUUAAUUCAAAUCAAACCCAAUAUACUGGACUAGGAGUAAUCCAAAUUGAAUCACUUCCAGUGGUAUAAUAUACCUGGUGAGAUCCAGAUUUGCACUCAGCACAGUCCCACUUGUGCCAGAGAAAGGAGAUAGAGGAGUUAUUUUAUGGGAGAGUUGGUGAAGGAAGUGUUGAGGAUGGUGGGGUUUGGUAAAUAUCUACCACCACCUCUGAUGGGAAACAUCUGCCAGAUCUCAGGGUCUUCUGUGACUGUCUUCAGAUUCCUUGACAGAUGGGACAAUCUUUGGUUUGUAGUAUUACGGAUUUUGUUGCAUUUUUUUGUUCAUACUCAGGGGAAGUCAGAAAUAGGCAAAGGUAAUUUUAUAUAUGUUAUCAGCUUUAAAUAAAAUGUUCCGGUGUUUGACUUUUCUGUACUGAACUUGUUUGACCAAGAUUGUAAAAAUACAUAUUUUACAGAUGUUGGGAUAUAAUGUUCAGUGAGAAUACCUUAUUUUCUUAACAGUCCAGAAUAGUUUUACAUCAUGUACUUGAUAUAAUAUGUGGCGGUCGAAAGUUUCAGAAGUAGUUUCACAGUAACUUUAUAUUUCAGACCUUUAUAUAAGGCAGGUCUGUUCUGCACCUAUGCUAUUGCCCGCACAAAAUAAGUCAGAUUAUUUAGAACAUCACUUUGAAAUUUUAAGAUAAUAGCCAUCAUGGUUGUGGUAGAGCAUUUAAAUCUGAAGACUAGCUAUUGAUUAAACUUGGUGUUUUCAUUUGAA